AUGCAUCAAUUAAUGUCCCGAUUUCCCUUAUUUAUUUUCUUAUUCUGCUUGACCAAUGCAGCUAUUGAUUAUACUCAAAAUUAUAAUGACAUUGAAUUUACCCCGGAACAUUCAAACGAAUGGGUUGUAAGAAUUGAUGAAGGUGAUGAAGUUGCUGAUCUUGUAGCAAGCGAACUUGGUUUACAAAAUCGACGAAAAAUCUUUGAUAAUUAUUAUUUAUUUAUUAAUCCUUACGUUCCUCGACGAUCCAAACGAGCAACCAAUGAUUUUACUGAUUUACUUGCUAAACAUGAAAAAGUAAAUUGGGCUGAACAACAACGAUCACAAAAUCGUGUUAAACGAGAUCUUAUCGAUAAACGUGCACAAGAAGAUCGUGUUUAUCGUUCAGUAGCAUUUUCUGAUCCAAAAUGGGGUAAAGAAUGGUACUUAAAAGAUACAAGACCAAAAAGUGCAAGUCAAUUACCAAAACUUGAUUUACACGUUUUACCCGCAUGGGCCGCUGGUUAUACAGGAAAAGGUAUUAAAGUAACAAUUCUUGAUGAUGGUCUUGAAUGGAACAAUUCUGAUAUCAUGGCAAAUUAUGAUCCAAAAGCCAGUUAUGAUCUCAAUGAUAAUGAUGACGAUCCAAGUCCACGAUACGAUCCAACAAAUGAAAACAAACAUGGAACACGAUGUGCAGGUGAAGUUGCUAUGGUUGCCAAUAAUUCCAUUUGUGGUGUUGGUAUCGCAUAUAAUGCAAAAAUUGGUGGUAUUCGUAUGUUAGAUGGUCAUGUUACUGAUCGUGUUGAAGCUGAAGCUAUUGCUUUUAAUCAUAAAUAUAUCGAUAUUUAUUCAGCUUCUUGGGGUCCAAAUGAUGAUGGACGAACAGUCGAAGGUCCAGGUACACUUGCAUCAGCUGCUUUCAUCAAAGGAAUUACAGAAGGUCGUAAUGGAAAAGGUGUAAUUUAUGUUUGGGCAUCAGGUAAUGGUGGACGACGACAAGAUAACUGCAAUUGUGAUGGUUAUACUGGUUCAAUUUAUACAAUUUCGAUUUCAUCUGCAUCCGAACAUCAACAAUCACCAUGGUAUGCUGAACGUUGUCCAAGUACAAUGGCAACAACAUACUCAUCAGGAGCAUAUAGUGAUCAAAAAGUGACAACAACAGAUCUUCAUGAUUCAUGUACCGAUGAUCAUACCGGAACAUCUGCUUCAGCACCAUUGGCUGCAGGCAUUUUCGCUCUUGUAUUAGAAGCAAAUUCGGAACUUACAUGGCGUGAUAUGCAACAUUUAGUAGCUUGGACAUCAGAAUAUGCACCAUUAGCUGAUAAUCAUGGUUGGUCAACAAACGGUGCAGGCUAUAAAGUAAACAGUCGUUUUGGUUUCGGUCUUUUAAAUGCUGCCGCAUUAACUGAAGCAGCCAAAAACUGGGUUACUGUACCAAAACAAAGUAUUUGUGAAAUUGAACCUGUUAAAUUCCAAGCACAACAAAUCAGUGCUGCUCAUCCAUUAGAAAUUGAUUUUGAAGUAAAAGGUUGUGAAGGUGAAAAUAAUGUUGUCCGUUUUCUUGAACAUGUACAACUUUACGUUACAAUUCGUUAUACACGACGUGGUGCACUCAAAAUUAACAUUACCAGUCCACAUGGUACUCAAACAACACUAUUAUCUGAACGUGAACAAGAUUCAUCAACCGAUGGAUUUAAAAACUGGUCAUUUAUGAGUGUUCAUAGUUGGGGUGAAAAUCCACAAGGUUUAUGGACAAUUAAAAUUAUGGAUACAACAGGCAAUAUGAAAAAUCACGGCUCAUUGGAAGAUUUCCGUUUAGUUUUACAUGGUACAGCUGAAGCACCUCAUCAUAUCCAAGCUGGACCACGAGUUUAUGAUGAAAACUAUAAUACCGUUCAGAAUGAACGAAGUGAAAAACGUCAAAGUUUAAAAAAUCAACAAACUAUGUUUGAAUCCAAUAAACGUUCAUCAAAUCAAGAUGAAUAUCGUCAACCAUCAUCAGAAGAUCAAUCCGAUGAUAUUAAUGCAAUUCCUAAUACAGAUAGCCAUUGGCUUCGUGUUCUCGCUCGACUUAAUGGUAAUUGGUUACAAUAA